CGGGCGGCGGCGGCGGCGCGUGUCCAGGGCGGGGCGCCCGGAGCGGGCAGCGGCGCGAGGGGACGAUGGCGGAGUCCUCUGACAAGCUCUACCGGGUGGAGUACGCCAAGAGCGGGCGCGCGUCUUGCAAGAAAUGCAGCGAGAGCAUCCCCAAGGACUCGCUGCGCAUGGCCAUCAUGGUGCAGUCGCCCAUGUUUGAUGGAAAAGUCCCGCACUGGUACCACUUCUCCUGCUUCUGGAAGGUUGGCCACUCCAUCCGGCACCCCGACGUAGAGGUGGAUGGCUUCUCUGAGCUUAGGUGGGACGACCAGCAGAAAGUCAAGAAGACUGCGGAGAGUGGAGGCGUCACAGGCAAAGGCCAGGAUGGAGGCGGCGGCAAGACGGACAAGACGCUGGCUGACUUCACGGCCGAGUACGCCAAGUCCAACAGAAGCACGUGCAAGGGCUGCUUGGAGAAAAUAGAGAAGGGCCAGAUCCGACUGUCCAAGAAGAUGCUGGAUCCAGAGAAGCCCCAGCUGGGCAUGAUCGACCGCUGGUACCACCCAAACUGCUUUGUGAAGAACAGAGAGGAGCUGGGCUUCCGGCCCGAGUACAGUGCCAGCCAGCUCAAGGGCUUCAGCCUGCUUGCCGCAGAGGAUAAAGAAACCCUGAAGAAGCAGCUUCCCGGAGUCAAGAGUGAAGGAAAGAGGAAAGGCGACGAGGUGGAUGGGAUGGUUGAAGUGGCCAAGAAGAAAUCUAAGAAAGAAAAGGACAAAGAUAGUAGGCUUGAGAGGGCCCUCAAGGCCCAGAACGAGCUGAUCUGGAACAUCAAAGACGAGCUAAAGAAAGCGUGUUCGACAAAUGACCUGAAAGAGCUGCUCAUCUUCAACAAGCAGCAAGUGCCCUCCGGGGAGUCGGCGAUCUUGGAUCGUGUGGCCGACGGCAUGGUGUUCGGUGCCCUCCUCCCCUGUGAGGAGUGCUCGGGCCAGCUGGUGUUCAGGAGCGACGCUUACUACUGUACGGGUGAUGUCACUGCCUGGACCAAGUGCAUGGUCAAGACCCAGACCCCCAGCCGGAAGGACUGGGUGACCCCAAAGGUAAGUGGGGGUGGACGUGGGUUCUGGGAUCUGAGCAGAAAAACACUGCCCACCCACCUUCCGGGCCUGUCCCCACAACUGCCGUGUGUCCGGCUCCGAACACGGAGCAGGGCGCUUCUGGCGGGAGCACGGGUUUGUCCAAUCCCUGUUGGUAAUUCCUGCCUUGGCAAGGAGGUUUUCCUGCCUUAG